AUGCCCUCACGAAUUUGUGACACGGUAGCGCGGAAAGCGAUCCUCCCAGACCUUACAGUCGGAGCGACGAAAGUAGACCUUGAAGCGACGGGAGCGACGUUCCUGAGCGCGCGGAGAUCGCGGCGUUGGGACGCUCCCUCGGAGAACUCGGGAAGCGAAUUCAGUUCUCUGGGCAAAGACGGAGUGCCGGUGAAGAGUGUCCUAGUAACGAGCAAGCUUCUUGUACCCAGUAAAUUGACCAGAAGACAGCUUCGGAGAAUCGUCCCAUCCGUCGACAGUGUGUGCCAUCUGGUGGCAGACUGGAAAAUCAAGAGGAGAACAGAAGAAGACAUUUUUUCUCCAUUGAUCCGGGAGGAAUUCAUCACCGAGCAAAUCAUCAAUGAGUAUUGCCUGGCUACUGACGAUGCCGUGCCGGCGGUGCAAUCGACGGGGAAAAUUUCAUCUCAUGCGUAUUUGGCGUUGGCGUUCCGUUGUGGAAUCCAGGCCGCAAAUGACGUAAGGAACCUCCGGCAGAUCCAGACGGCAUGUCGAGACAUUGACAAAAUAUUCCCUCGACUUCUACGAUCUACGGAGGUUGUACUGGAUUGCGUCCUCGCCCAAGUCCCGGAGUUUUCCGAGGAUCGAUUUCCGCUUUUCCAAUUCGCGUGCUCACAGCUGAGAAUGUGGAUCAAAACCAUACGCCGGGGACUAUCGAACCGGAAGCUUACAUGCGUCGUCGUGGAAGAGUGCGCCUCUUGUCUCUAUGAAAUCGAAGUCUUCAUCUGGAAUCAAGACCGUUACAUCGCUCAGCAGUUCGGUCAUCUGGUGAGGAACGUCAUCGUCGGAAUUUCUAAUUUCGCCAGUAACCUGAAUGCGUGCAGUAAUUACGCUGCUAUAGACUACAUCUCGAUCGCGGACGCGAUUCUGGUCUUGGCGCUACCCAAUGUCAAUGUAAGCAAAGAAGUCGAUAUCAUGACGUUGCCAAAAUUAGAAGAUCUCAACGUGAAGCACCUCAUCGGCGCGGGAGGCUUCGGCGCGGUAUACAAAGCGUUUUACUCACCUAUUUUCAAAAGAGACGCUCCACCUGUGCCGUGUACGGUGAAACUCGUAGCGUCGUCGACUUUCAGUCGCAUCGAACACGCUGUGGUCACGCGAGUGGUGUCUUCAGUUUUGUGUCAUCCGUGCAUUGUCCAGUACUGGUGUGUUUAUUCUCUGGAUACAGCGACCGUCGAGAUAAUGGAAUACAUCAAAGGCUUGGAUCUACAAAAAGUCGUCGAUUCUACACGUGGCCUCGGGCUGCAGGAAACGGUUGCGAUAUCGGCCCAACUCAUCGCUGCAAUCACGCACCUCCAUCUCCAAGGUGUCAUCCAUCGAGAUAUCAAAGCCAGUAAUGCGCUGGUCACUCGGAGCGGACGUUUGAAGCUCAUAGAUUUUGACACGAGCAAACUUUGUCUCGCACACUUCCCGAACCGCGUGGUGACAGAGUUCUUCAAACGAACGACGGACGAAUUCAAAGACGGCGAGAAAGCUGGCACGCUUUCCUACAUGCCACCCGAGGUUUUCUGUGGACUAUCCUAUGGCCGUCUCGUCGAUCUCUGGGCUUUCGGGAUAACCCUGCAUAAACUCGUUGUCGGGCAAACACCAUUCCGAUCUGCUGAUGACGACAAGCUGAAGAGAGAAGUAUGCGCAGCCAAACUCAAUCUCUCGAAGAAGAGAAUCUACGAUAAAACGGAAGCGAACGAAGGAUUGAGACACUAUGUCGUGAACCUUCUCCAGAGACUUCUCGAGAAAGACCGACGGAACCGGUUGGGUUCCCUGAGUUACAGUGAGGUUCUCGCCCAUCCCUUCUAUGCCAACGUCAAGUGGGAGGAUCUCUGUAGGAACUACAGUUUGGUCCCGCUCGACAAGUACUUCGAUGUUUAUUCGAGAACGAAGCGAAUUCAUCGCAGAGCUAGUGCUUCAGAUCCGCUGCCAGCCGAUCUGAACGGCCUGUCUCCGAUGGCUUCUAGUGAAAGUCGUCAGAGAGAAGAUCUCCUGAGAGUCGAAUCAUUGCAUGGGAAAGCAGUGUGUGAUUCUCGGAUACUGAUUCACACGUCCACGCUGUUCAGACGCGUUGCAGCUGGAGCGCAAGGCGACAUCACCGACGGAAUGCCCUCUCUACGCCGAGUCGGUUUCAGAUUCCCUAGCAUCACCGAAAUGUCACCAACAAGAUCACUCCACACGCAAGAUAUUCUAAUCGGAAACUCAGGACCCCCGAUUUUGGGCUUCGAGUCGAUUGGUCUGACAUGCAAAGAGGUCACCAGCGAGACGGGUCGUAAAUAUUGUCUAAUCAUCGAAAUCGAAGUCGGUUCCCUGGCAGAGGUGACGUCGUCCCUCAUCGUGGGGGAUCUAAUCUCCCACCUCAACGGGGAGGAGGUCGAAAACGUGACGAAAUCGACCUGGAACCGCUACGCAAUGCUGUCGGUCACGGUGCUCUCCUCGUCCACUUUCAGAAUCCUCGCGUCCUGCGCGGACAUUAGGAAAUUCUUCACUAUCCCACCCCUGACGUGCAGAAUCAGUGGCAGACGACAAAAUUGGUUCCAGAAACAGAGAGAGAUCAUAGUGCGACAGUCGAGAUUUUUCCUUCAAAGUACACGGUGUUGGAUGAAAAUCUUUGUCUUGUGGAGCGCUCCUGAUUCGAUACAGCUUUUCCAUGGUGACAUUUUGCUCGAGGUCAACAACAAUUCAUUGAAAGGACUCACAGAGCAGCAGGUCAACAUGUAG